GGCUUGCUGUGGAUAGAAUCCAACUCCUUUCCAUCUUCCCUUGGAAAAUAUAUUAUUGAGGCGCCUCAGAAAUAGGCCCCUCGUGCGAUUCACUUCCCCUACGCCCGGAAAUUAUUCUCGCCUUGCCCUGCUGCCCAAAUGUUUGAUGCCCCCUUUUUCCUCCGUUCUCCCAUCAACCCCCACUCUUCCACAGACGAGUGCUUGGCCUCCCCCGUUGUCUCUAGGUGUUUGCCACCAUUCUCUCUCCGCCUCUCUCCUUAUCCUUCCCGCCUUCCCGUCUCUUCCUCGCCCCACCUUAACAGGCUAUUCCUGGGCUUUCCUCGCUGUCCGCGUGUGUUCGACGCCCUUGUCUCUCUUUGUCUCCCUUUCCCGUUCCCCUUGCGCUUCCCCUUGCACUUCCCCUUGCGCUUCCCCUCGCGCUUCCCCUCGCGCUUCCCCUUUGCACUUCCCCUUGCGCUUCCCCUUGCGCUUCCCCUUGCGCUUCCCCUUGCGCUUCCCCUUGCUCUUCCCCUUGCACUUCCCCUUGCGCUUCCCCUUGCGCUUCCCCUUGCGCUUCCCCUUGCGCUUCCCCUUGCGCUUCCCCUUGCGCUUCCCCUUGCGCUUCCCCUUGCACUUCCCCUUGCGCUUCCCCUUGCGCUUCCCCUUGCGCUUCCCCUUGCGCUUCCCCUUGCGCUUCCCCUUGCGCUUCCCCUUGCGCUUCCCCUUGCGCUUCCCCUUGCACUUCCCCUUGCGCUUCCCCUUGCACUUCCCCUUGCGCUUCCCCUUGCGCUUCCCCUUGCGCUUCCCCUUGCGCUUCCCCUUUUGCCUUCCCCUUUUGGCUUCCCCUUCCCCUGUUCUGUCUCUCCCUUGCCCUAAUCCCCAGGCUAGUCCUGGGCUUUCCUCGCUGCCUGCGGGUGUUUGACACGAGCAUACCAGGGCGGGACUGUGAGCAGCACAGCACGGGGAAGAAGGGGCAGGGGCAGACAGGCCUCCUCUCGUCCCUCGCGAUCAACCCUUUUAUGCCGGGUCUACUAGCGGCGGGCUCCUAUGAUGGCAGUGUGGGGCUCUAUGGGGACUUGGGCAGAGAGCCCAUGGCAGUGAUGCACGGGCACAGAGGAGGGGUCACUCAGGUGCUCUUCUCUCGGGAUGGUAACUUCCUCUACUCUGGGGCACGGAAGGAUCCCACCAUUUACUGCUGGGAUGUGCGGAAUACAGCAGGCGCUGUUUACAGCAUGCAUCGGUGCGUGACGUCCACCAAUCAGCGCAUCGCGUUUGACAUCGACCCAUCCAACCGGCAUCUAGCCACAGGAGGAGAGGAUGGUCAGGUGUGGGUGUUUGACCUCGCGUCCGGUUCCAAGGUCGCAUCCUUCCAGGCUGCUCAAGAUACCGUCAAUGGAUUCUCCUUCCACCCCUGCCUGCCGCUAGCCGCCACGUCAUCAGGCAACCGCAGAUUCCACCUGCCGGCCCUCACACCUGGCAGCUCACCUGAAGUAGGCAGCGUUUCACCUGAAGCACCUUCCGUUUCACCUGAAACGGGUGUCCUUCCUCGUGAAUCUGCUUCUCUUUCGGGAGCUGGGAUUGUGACAAGUGUUCAUGAUGUAUCUACACCGCUGCACAAGUUCAAUAACUGCCUUGCCAUGUGGCAGUUCCAAUGCAAGUGGGCAUAAGGUGUGUAUCUCAGCAGGUUGCUCUGCAGCAGCACACUCAGUGUACAAUGAAUGACGGUUACGAUAUUGGUAAAGAAAAGGGAAGUGCACUACCAUUGCCUAAUUUAAGCUCCUAGAAAAAAAAAAAAAAAAGUGUGGACUUCCCACAGCGAAUUGCCACCGCUUGGUGCAAUAUGGAAGUGCGCUGAAAGUACGGUAAGUCUGGGUGAUUUUCACACGAGGUGGAUGGAAGUUGGAUGAAACCCACAAAUAAUGGCUCUCGAAACCAGAAGAUAAUGCAUUCGUGGCAGCCUAUUUAACGGCGCUUUCUCUGUUGAGGUAUGGCGCGGCGCAUUGUACCGUAUGCCUCCAUACUUGACG